AUGUCUUCCUAUAAACGCCCCAGCCCACAGGACGAUGCUAGAGCGGUGUUCGAAGUUCUGAAACGGGGUGGUAUUGCGAUUAUUCCGAUGAGCGUUGGCUACGGAAUAACCGCCAUCGAUCCAGACGCAAUAGACCGGAUUUUCCGAACGAAAAGGCGAGAACCACACAAGCGACAUGCAAUGGUUGGCAAUUACUUUCUGCAUCAAGAUGUGCAUGUUCUUCCCCCCAAGGAAGCCGGCAUAGUCAAACUCUUGACCGUGGACUUGGAUCUUCCACUCGGGGUUGUUGCGCCGUAUCGCCAUGACCAUCCUAUUAUUCAAAAGCUUCCACCAAAUAUAUUAACACAGAGCAUCGUUGAGGACACUCUAGCAAUGCUGAUCAAUGGGGGCGCUUUACUAGACGAAUUGUCUCGACUUGCUUCCCUAGAAAAACUUCCUCUGAUGGGAUCAUCGGCUAAUCUCACCGGCAAGGGAGCAAAGAUUGUCAUCGAGGACAUCGAGCCAGAGAUACUCGAGGUAGCAGAUAUAGUUAUCGAUUAUGGGAGGCAAAAGUUUGACCAUCCUCGAGCCUCUUCUACCAUGAUCGAUUUUAGAACAAUGAAAGUUGUGCGAUACGGAGCUUGCUAUGAUGUGGUGCAAGAUGCUCUCUGCCGAUUUCAUGGGAUCAGAGUGCCAGACGACGCUGGAACGUUGACUCUUUCGUCACAGGCUUCUGCAAAUAUAUAA